GGGGACGCCGGUAGACGCUACAAAGACGACUCGACGACGGCACGCUCGUGACUCGAUGCGAAUCGAGAAUGAUCGAUAAAUCAUUUACCUCGAUUGCACUCGAGUAUUUAUCGAUGAGGUGGACUUUUGUUGGAAGUUACGAUUGCUUCGGUUGUUGUAACUUUUUUUCGCGUCUCGAGUGUCACCGUUAUCGAUUUAUUUAUUUCGUAAGUACGAGACGUCACCUCCAGGCGUCUGUCGCUCUCUUCAAUUGCCUUACGCUGAUACGCACGAGAAUGACUUCUCUUGUGCGCUAAGUAAAUUGUACUGCGAAUUGGCGCAAUGCAUGACGUACGUGAAUUGGAUUCUGUAUCCAAGGACUCUUUCUUCGGGCUAAAAGAGGCCCUUGUUCGCCAUAUUGAAUAUGCUCUGACGAUGAAGACGACGAUCGGAUCUGGAUGACGCUACUGGCUUUAUGAAUAACAAUUGGAAAUAUUCAUUUGAUACGCAUCAUCGUAUCAAGCUCUUCUUUUGUUAUCCGGCACGAUGAGUCAUCGUGUUAUUGAAUUUCAUCUUUGUCUCUGAAGAUUUAUUCACACGAUUUGCAGAAGAGACGGGACUAGGAUUUAACAAUAAAUUAUGAAAGCGUCGUUGACUCAUGUGGCGAUGGCGCCCAGGCUUCUCGAAUGCAUCUACAUGCGUGCAUAAGCAAAAAAUACUUCCUGGCUUUAAGGACACUCUAGUAUCUAUUCUCGGCCGGGGGACUGGUAUAACGUGCCAACGGUUUUGGACUUGAGAUACGCGAGGAAGUGUGGAUUAUAAGAAAAGCAAACACUCUCGCAUACUCCAAUAGCAAUUUGCAAACUUGAUAAUUUUACCUGACAACCUCACUCUGCUCCCUCACUCUCAGCCGAUUGGUUCUUCUUCGACCUCUGGGCUCUGAUCUAGCUUCCAUCAGUGUGGCUGUCAAGAUGCAAAGCUCCAAGAGAACUUUACGGUCGAACGAAAUGGCCGUACCGCCUGGCGGGAUGCUGGAUACCGAACUGGAGCUUCAGUUUGCAUUGCAGUAUCCUCACUUCCUUAAGAGGGAUGGUAACAAGCUGCUUAUUCUACUUCAAAGACGAAAAAGAUAUAAGAACCGGACGAUGCUAGGCUACAAGACCUUGGCAGAGGGUGUCAUCAAUAUGGCUCAGGUUCUUCAGAAACAAAUGGAUCUAGAAUUGGAAUUGGUAUCUGACAAGGCUGAGAAAUACGGAGGUCACUCCGUCGUUCUAGCACGGGUUAGUGUAGUGGCACUCAGCUCCCAGCCUGUCGAUCACGACAAAAGGCUCAUGAACGAUCCGAAUGAGAGACUGGGAGCUGAGUUCAGUGACGAGGAGGAGGAGUUCAGUUCUGAAGGAGAAGCUGAGGGUAGUGACAGCGAACCCACCCUCGAGGUACCCAGGCGAAAAAGUCGUGGGAAGAUUCCAACUAAUGCCAGGCAAAGAAACUUAAAGCAGAAAUUCAUUGCUCUGCUGAAACGGUUUAGGGUCUCCGAAGAGUUGGAACAUGAUCAGGAAGAGAUCGGACAGAAGUUAUCUGGUGGAGACAUGGAGAUCGAAGAACUUUUUGAUGAACUUGAAGACUUGUCGGACAGUGGUCCAGAAUUGGACACAAUGUCAGUAAGCAGUACACCAAAACCUUCUCUACGGCCAUUCUUCAGCUCUAGUCGAUCCUUACUGGCACCACCUCAUGCCGUAGUAACCAGCGAGGAGCAAGGAGUGAACUCGUCGUCGACCUUAAGCCAACUACCGUCAGGUCAGCCUGUUAAGGAGAAAUCACGUGUCGGACACACUACACCAGAACGUGGUGUGGACAGGCUGAGCGACGACAGUUCGAGGAGAGCCGACAGUGACUCCCAUCCGGAGAAUUGGACCGAUCACGAAGCUAAUGAUCCUCCGAACACCGUAGCUGGAUCACCGCCGAAGUCUGAGCAUCCCAGCAAGAGCGAGAAUGCCGAUAGGCGGAGUAGACUCUUCACCAGGGACAGAGGAACACCGGGAAGCAACAAGUCCAAGAAGCACAGCCUCUCUGUGGAUCUAAAACCAGCUGCGGAUUUAAAUAGUUCUGAGCCGAGGAAGGCACUGGUCGAGCAGCUUGGUAGAGUCUUGCCGGAUGACAUUCUACCGGAGUCCGUUGCUCUUGUUUCACUGAGUGAUCCUGGUGGCGCUGUCUUGGCUGCUAGACUUCAGGAACGGAAUCAUCGAGUCUUGACCACGGCUUCACCAGCCGACAUACGUGCUACCUUUACCUGUCUCGUGGCUCGUAUUCAAAAAUUUUGCAACAGCUCAGCAAAACCACCAGCACCCAUCAAGGUCGUCAUCGCCGGCGGGGAUGGUUUCGUCAAUGCCGUACUGAGACACUACGUUGAUCUGCUGAGCUUCAGACCACCUGACUGGCAAAAUUAUUUAAGGUUCCUGGUGGUACCGCUCGGAUCUAAUACAUUGUCAAAAUAUCUGGGAUCUCUGGAUACAAAGUACUCCAUGCUGUUUGGGGAUGAAUGGAAGGAAUUGCUUGAGAGGGAAGCUGGUGGCGCCAGCGAAGGUGCUGCCAGAGUAUCGGAAUACUUGGCUUCGGCUGGUCCCACUCUGUCCUUACCCAUAGCCGAAGCCAUGGUCACCUAUAGGGAAACGGACGACAGUAGUCAAAUAUUCAUCCCAUUCGUCAACGACGUUCGGGUCGGCUGUCCGGAUAGCAGUACCUCCGCUUCUGUCGAUCUGGAGGAGAGUAGCAUACUCAUGUCAGGCUCUCCGCCAUCUUUACCAACGCCAGGGCUUCCACUUCCGCCGCCCGGUAGACUGACACCUCCUAGCAGUCCCAAUGUGGGUCAGCCUAGAGAAGGUUGGGAACCGGUCGAACUGCAACUUGAUUACUGGAGCAAACCAGCCUUGGGCGAGAAGGGCAAAAGUACUCUAAGACAAGCUUUCAGGGCGUUACACGUUCAGAGAUUACCUCCGUUGGGCGAAACUCCUGGACAUCACUUGUCCAUGACUUACACGACUAAGGAGAAGAAGCAGAAAAUAAUGAGGCUGGGCAAGAAGAAGGAGAAGGAAAAGGAAAACGAGCCAAAGAGUCAAACCGUAGAUGGCGUGACGCGUCUCAUAUGCUCUGCAAAAACUCACAACAUUCCAUUAAGAGUGAGCAUCGACGGAACCGAAUGGUACGGCGUGAAAUUCUUCCAACUAUCGGCCCAAUGGCAAACGCACAUCAAAACGUUUCCAGUGGCCCUGUUGGUUUACAAUUCCCAGCAGCAACCCCUAAACCUAACUUGAACUUCCUUUGCUUGCACAUCGACUCGAAUGUAUUAUCAUUCAUUCGCGUAUCUGGUAUUUAUUAUUAUUUAGUACGUUUGACAUACCGUUGCCACGUAGAGAUAAGUGCACGCGAAACCAAGAUAAAAUUGGUGUAGUCCAAAAAGCUACAGGGGUUUUUUUAUGAUUGUUGAAAUUUGUUGUUUUUGUUUUUCUUUUUUUUUUAAAAAAAAAGAAUAUUCCAUACAUUUACAAACGGAAUGUAUUAUCUUUUAGGACAAGCAUGAUUCUUGAGAAAACUCAAACUAUCAGUCAUUUUAGCUAUUCGUAUCUGGGCUUGCUCUUGGUCGCGUUAACGAAUAACUGAUCGAAUUUAUUUUCUUUUCAUACUCGUCUGACAAGUAUAUAAUUUGUAUAAUGCUUUGUUUUUUUGCGAGUUAAAACAGACCCUAUUUUACUGCUGUGCUGUAUAUAUAAAUACUUCUUAUCAAUACUUCACUUGACGAUCCGUCAAGUGAUUAAAUGCUAACUGCGAGUAAUCUUCUUAUCGGCUUUACGAUUCCUAUUUAUAUAUCGUUUAAUGUCACUGGCACUUUAUGCUAAUUUAAUCCGUGUGCAAUAUUACGAGUCAGCUUGAAUUAUUUCUGCAAAAGUCAUCACGUGACCGUUAAGAAUGAUUGCUUGUUCGAACAAUAUACCAUCGCUGCGUACAUUAGCGCGACUACGCACACAGUAACGAUGUCUCUUCCAAAAUCAUUCAAAAUUUUAUCAUUUUUUUUGGCUCAUUGUCACUGUUUUAUCUUAAGUACCGCAAUAAGACGAAGUUUCAAUUUAUACCGGAACAGUGCGAUUCUCUCUCUUGUUAUAUCCAUCAAUACUCGCAUAAUUUCUAGCGUCUCGCUCUUACUGUUGCGACAUUCUAUAGGCUGAGUCGUGUCGCGUGAGAGAAAUGCUCAUAGUGCGAGUGCUGAGGGGUUAAGAAAUGUUUUUUUUUGGGGAAACAGGGGGAACGAUAUGUUCAUCUAAAGAAAAAGCGUAACAGAUGAAAAGUCAUUAAAACUUCAUUUUAUUUUUAUUAUCUUCACUAGGGAAGAUACACGUAAAUAUUUAAGUGGUUAGGAAAAGAAGUAGGCUAUCCUUAUGUUAUAGGAAAAAUGACGACUGUUUACUAAAGGGACGACGGGGGACAAAGUAGAGUUGCCUUUAAAAAGGCAUUAAAUUUGAUUGAGCAUUGAUUAAUGACUUUUUGCUGUUACCUUCAUCAUAUUUUAACAAAGACUGCCGCUCCUUUGAUCGUUAUUUGAUAUCGUUUGAAUUUCUUCAUUUGGCAUAUUUUUUUGGUCAUUCAUCCAUAAAUUGGCAUCCAUUGUUCCAAAGCUGUCAAAUAUCGCUUGUAAUGAGAUAUUUCCGUCAUUGUCCUCCCCACGUAACGGGUUUAUGUGCGUUUUUACUAGGAUGACCCAAAACACUAGUUUAGUUUGUAAUGUAAAUUUUGACUUCCUCCACUUUUGGAUUUUUAGCGUUCCGACGUAACGGAUUUACGUGGAUUCGUUACGUCACACGUGACGUAGCUGUCGCGGCUGACUGCUUAAUGCCAAAUUCAGAAGAGAGCCUGUUUCGUUUUAUCCAAAAAUUUUGUUGAUUAAAGAUUUCUAUUCAGAGACGGGCGUCCCUUUCAUUGAUAUAACGAAAGACUAUAGCCAUUUUAUUAUUUGAAUUGUCGUUCAAGUAUGAUAAAAGACGCGUACAGUUUCCUCAUUUUUUUUAGUUUAUUCUUGUUGAUUUACUAGUCUCUACUUAUUUUCAUGGUAAUGAUCAAUGGUGCUGUAUGCAUAGUCCAUUAUUUUUUACAUUUUCUAUAUUUGUAUCUACGCAGAAAGGCCAAAGAAAUUGAGAACAAAUGUCUGAAAUUGAAAUCAGUGAACUUUUUCUAUGAUUAACUAAUAGUUUGACCUUGCGAGACAUUCGACUGUUCUACAUCAAUCAAGAACUCAUGAUAUUCAGAGAGACAAAGUUUUCUUAAUAUCAUUGCUUACGUCAGUACUAUUAUAUUUUCCAGCUACUGAAUAUAAUGGCAUUCUUCCAUCAUAAAAAUACUCCAUUACCAUUCUACGUAGAAAGAUUACAAUUUUUCUUGACUUACUUUCCUUCGGCUGGUUUACCUGAAACUUUGAUACUUGUGAGGUUGCCAUUGUUGAGCCAAUUAUUAUGUAACACAUUUCUUUUUAAAUGUACGCUUUCCUCUACCUCUUCAUUCUUCUCUCCUUAAUGAUUCAUUAACGACUGAUACGUUCAACGUGAACUUGCAAUACCAAUGUCAGAAACAAUUUUGCCAGUAAUCAGUAUUUCUCGAAAGGAGAAUUAGUUGGAAGCCCAUUUUCCUUGUUCCACUAUAACAUUUAAUUAAGCGUAAUAUUAAUUUCACCAGUCGUUCCUCCGUUGUGCUAAUCUUUGAGUCGCAAUAAUUAAUAGUUGCCACGUUCUCUCGUUAUAAAUUCAGCCACUAGCGACUUGUCGUCUGACCACAAAACAGACGUUAACCCAAGUUGAUGGCGCAUUGUCAAGUUGAUGGCGGUUGUCAACUAAGACGCCCCAAAAACAAUGCUCAUCAAACCGCGCGACAUUUCUCGAGUUAAAAGAAAAACUGUUGAACACAUUGCGAAUAUCUCAGUGAACUUCUAACCUUUUCGCAUUCUUUAUAACAUCGCGUGCAUAUUCGUCCUUAAAAACGAAGCUUCGGCUGUCGCGGCGAUGGCAGUUAAAUCCUCUUGCUAUCUUUCAAACUCGUAAUCGCCCGUAUCAACUGUUUCUGUCUGCGCCAAUUUCAAAACUGUGACUAGAGAAAAAUAAUGAGCUGUGUAAAAAACUCACGAAGAUGGACUUCGAACAAUCUAGUCAGGAUAUAAUACGGAAUGAGAUAUACAGAAAGCUUCCUUAAGAUGCUCCUUUUCGUUGCUGAAGGAAAACACUGGUAAAGAUGAAUAAUCUGUUUUGAUGAUAUUUCUUGUCUUUGACUUCUGUCUUAUCUGUCAAUCGUUGGAUAAUGCGUACCGAGAGCAUUGACUCGAGGAGAGACGACGGAUUUUAUUCCAAUAAAUAAAACAGAAAACAAGAAUGAAGUUAAAAAACGGAAUGGUCACGUUAACGAGAUACGCACAGCAAUUUUAUUAUUGCCCGCGAAUUUUGCCCAUUUUUGAAUUCCAGCUCUACAUUGCUGUUGGCUAUUGGCACGUUUUUAUUCCUAUUUAUAUAUAUAUAUAUAUAUAAAUAUAUAAAUCGUCUGUAGGCGAUUAUUGAGGAAAUUCGCGAGGCGUUUUUCUAAUGUACAGUAAGUUUUAUUCGAUGGGGGCUCAGAAGAAAAAUACAGCCCAAGCUCAAGGCUUACAAUAAUUAAAAGGCGUUAAUGAAUAAAUAUAAAAGGACGGCAGAUAUUUUGAGGCGAGUCUUUUGAACGCAAGAAAAGGAAGGAGUGGAGGAAGCGAGGUUAAGGGUAAAAAUGAAUUUAAAAAAGGGCAUAGUUGAACGGACAUGAGGAAUUAAUAGACGGUAUUUGAUUGUUUGAUAGAACUUACAAUUAGACGUCUUUAUUCUGCUUUGUAAAGGGAUGUCUAUUCUGUGAGUGUAAAUAUACAAUUAUUAUAAUGUAUUAUCAAUGAAAUUAGAGAGUUCAAUUAAAAAGGCUGUGAGUGCUAAUUACUCGACUGCAAAGAUGUGCUUGCACUCGAUUAAAAUGGCUCAAACGGAAUAAUUUUUUCCGACCAUUCUUUACCUGUUUCUCUUAAUUGUACGUUUACGUAAGAUCUAUCUCGCGUAUCACCUCCUCCUUCAUAUUAUACAUCCUCGUGAAUGUUUCCCUAUUUUUUUCUUUUUCCUUUACUAAAUUAUCUUACGCACAACAAUAUACGAUUCCAUCCUAAAUUCUGUCUGCCGUACGGAGAGAAUUUUUAUUUAACAGCCACUACGACUUUCACAUAUCUUGAAAUAAUGAAUUAUUAGGACACGGUGAUAAGGGUUGAUAAAAAAUGUUGACGCUUCAUGUAAAGAGGAAAGUGAAAAUUUUAAGAUAAAUAAAGAGAGAAAGAGAGGCAAAAGAGUAGAUUGUAAAAAUGAUUGGAAAUUUUUAAAGUUCGAUCCAAAAGAAAAAAAUAAUUCUUAAAGAUGAAAUAGGAAAAUUGUGGAUUCGAGCGUGUUGAACUAAAUAGAGGGAAAAGCCUUUUCUAAUUGAACGCCCGAAUUGUUGAUAUAAUAAAUAUUAAAUACCUAUAUGUGAUAUAUACUAUUAAACGUAAUAUUCGGAUAUAUAGGAUAUUAUUGUUAUUAUUCAGUAGACUAAAAAGUUGUCUUGUGCCCUGGACUCAAUGAAGUUCUCGAUCCCAAUCGAAUUAAUCUGUAAAUAAAUAUUGUAAAAUGCGAAAGAAAAUGGCGGUAUCUGUUAACGAUUUAAAAAGUUUUAAAAAAGUGAACGCCAUCGUCUGUAAUGGAUAUUUUUUUUUCUGUGUAAGAAUCAUCGUUGUUUCUAAUAUUCUGUGACUCAUAUAAACGAGAUAUAUUUUAAUGAUUCUCUCCUAUCUCUCUUUCUCUAUUGAUGUUCUGUCUUUGUCAGUGACUAUUGGUUUAUUUCACCAGAAAUGUUUGUUACUCGUGAAUAUCUGUUAAGGACACAGCGAAAAACCACGAAACGUAACGCGAUGAGUUUUUUGGUCCGAUCGACAUGCAGAUCGAAGCUCAGGGCACAAGCAGACGCAAUUGAGUAAUAAUUAGAGGUUAGAAAAAAAAUGAAGAAGUGGGAGAUUUAAAAAAUCUGUAACCGUACGACUUAGACGAAGUAAGCAACAAUAAGUAAACGGCUAAGGAUAAAAAAAUGAUAAAACGAAAUAUGUUGUUGAUGUUUGUAAGCUUGAAAUAUAAAUGUAACGCAUUUUUUUCAGUA